AUGAUAGAUAGAAACCAGAAACACACAUAUGGGACAGUCAGUGAGUAAACAAUAUUAACAUAGGGAACCUGUGCAACAAAAAAAUAGUUCCAGUUUUCCUGACAAUAUCAAGGGCUUUAGACAAUUUUAGGAACCUUCGGAGUUUCUUCUGAGUUUAGUGCAGCAUUUUCAGCAGGCGAGCUAGCAUCAACAGAAGUGUUGAAUUAUAGAAACGGGAGUCGGGACCUAUUAAGCAGAAUAACAGAGGUCUACUCCACUGCAAACACCACCGCUGCCUUUAGCGAGCGUUGUUCUGUCGGUACUGUAGCUAAUAUAUUAAUGUUCUCACUGUUUGGACUAUCGUUUUCAGAUAUUACUGGAGCUACUGUUCGUUAGCCCCCGGGCUCGUUGUUUCAGAUACACUGCUCGGCUUGUGAUGGCGUGGCAGUAGCCUGUCUUUUUGUCUAUGUAAUCCGUGUAGGGACCAACGUUAUGCAUAGGAAACACGGAUGUUACUCUUUUUACACUGUCAAGUCGCUACAAGGAACCAGAGGAGGAUACACGCGUCAUAAUAAUCUCCACUGAGCCAGUGAAAGCCAGCGCACAUCACUUCACAACUUGUUGUCCAGGUGUGGGACAGGUGAGCGACUGAACAUGGAAGAUGAGGUGUUUGACCAGAUUGUGUUCGUGUUUCACAACCUGGUGUCGUGGGUCGCUGCCGGGGCCAUGGUGUUCGGUGGGGUGGUGCCCUACAUCCCACAAUACAGAGACAUCCGCCGGACUCAGAAUGCAGAGGGCUUCUCCACAUAUGUGUGCCUGGUCCUCCUGGUGGCAAACAUCUUACGGAUACUCUUUAGAUUUGGCCGAUACUUCGAGACACUGCUGCUGUGGCAGAGCAUCAUCAUGAUCGUCACCAUGCUCAUCAUGCUGAGCCUGUGCACCGACGUCCGCACGGCUACUGAACUCAACACAAAGAGACGCUCCUUCAUAGCAACAGACAGUAAGGACGAGGAGAUCAGAAUCCCUAAGAGGCUCUUUCUGGACUUUGACUGGAGCUACUUCUGGUUGUGGAGUCGCUUCGUGGACUACAUGCAGUGUGUGCUGGCCUUCACGCUGAUGGCAGCCUACAUCACCUACCUCUUCCUGGACUCUGCGCUGUUCGUGGAGACCCUGGGCUUCCUGGCCGUCUUCUCUGAAGCAAUGCUGGGCACACCGCAGCUCUACUGCAAUUAUCAGAAUAAGUCCACAGAGGGCAUGAGCAUCAAGAUGGUGCUGAUGUGGACCAGCGGCGACACCUUUAAAACGGGCUACUUCCUGCUCACCCAGGCUCCGGUGCAGUUCUGGACGUGUGGCCUGCUGCAGGUCUUGGUGGACUUCACCAUCCUGUUCCAGGUUUACUACUACAGCCGCUACCCACAGAAACCAGUGUCCCACACCGUCUCCCACACCACCAGUGCCAAAGCCCUCUGAGAGCCUCUGGAAGCUCUCGGAGGACAUGUCAACACUCAACAAACACCAGCGAGGAAGCACUGAGGCGCUGUGGACAUGUAUAACAAGAUGCCAGUACAGAGGCACCAUGAGAUGAUGCAGGCUGCUCACCCUCACUCCCAAGUAAACAUAAGGACACAUACACACCCAUGAAUCAGGCAAAAACACACACAGAGACUUGGUGGUGUUGGUGUCUGCAGCGAUACCUGACGGACACUUGUUACAAACAAACUCAGAUUCUUUUUCGUUUUUAUUUAUUUAUCCUACUGACUUCUCCUCAAUGCAACAAUAUGCUUUUGUCUUGGAAUGCAUACUUCACAAAGAAUAUGUCCUUGAAUCCACAUGUGCAUGUGGAGAAUAGUAUGCACAUACUUGAGUGUAUACUGUAAAUAACUGGAGAUAUACAGCAUGCACUGAAAUCCGUGCUCAAGGAAACAUGGACCAGCUGCUGUCGCCCACAUUAGCUGAUGAUUGUUGCAUGGACCCUCUGCCUUAAAACCCACCCAUUCAAACAUGGCUUGCUGCAUUACAAGCAAUAUACAUGUAUGAAUUAAUCAAAAGGGAGAAAAGGAAAUCCUACUAUACAACAUUACUGAAUGUACAAAAUAAAAAAUAAAAAUUCCCAACACCGUGGAGAAAUGCUGGUAAGUCUACCACUUGUUGGACAGACAACUGAGGAAUGGAAUUGUAAGAAAGUAGAGGCAAUCACACUUUGCUAAAAGAAGAUAAAUCCCAAAGGCUUGAAGAUGCAAUGUAUUGGCUUUUAUAAAAACAAAGGAUCAUAAUAUAUUAGUGGCCUUGAUGGUAACGAAGCGAUGAGAAAAUCAGAGCUUUGUAAAAAAUAA